AAAGAUUUUGACAUGGAUAUGCACAAAAAAAAAAAAACAGACAUGUCGUCAAAUCUAUAUAUACACCCUUCAAUUGUUUCAAAGAAAUCAAAGAAAAUCACUCAAGUAUAAUUCAAUUCUUUUUCUUUCUCUCGCAACCAUGGCUAGAAAGAAGGUGAAACUCGCUUACAUCGCCAAUGAUUCCUCUAGGAAAGCAACCUACAAGAAAAGGAAGAAGGGAUUGAUGAAAAAGGUAAGCGAGUUAAGUACUUUAUGUGGUGUUAACGCGUGUUUGAUUCUUUACAGUCCUUAUGAUGCUGAAGCUGAAGUUUGGCCUUCUUCUAUGGGAGUCCACCAAGUGGUCACUGAUUUCAAAGGGAUGUCUGAGAUAGAUCGGAGUAAAAAGAUGGUGAACCAGGAGAGUUUUCUUAAGCAAAGAAUCAACAAAGGUAGAGAACAACUUAGAAAACAACGCCAAGGCAAUCAUGAUACCGAGAUGACUCGAAUUUUAUUUGAAAGUCUAGCAGGGAAGCCAUUAACAAAUUUAAGCAUGAGAGGUUUAAACGGUCUCGGGCGAAUGACCCAAAAUUUCUCAAAAAAUGUCCAGAGAAAGAUUGAUAGGCUUACGAAGAAUGGUAAGAAUUCUCAGGAAACACCAAAAAUAGAUAUCCAGUUAAAUAACAUGGAUGACAUUAAGACUUUAAUGAAGGGGAAAUCCUGGUUCGUGGAAUUAGAGCAUGCGAAAAUGAUUCCAUCCAUGGAGGAUAAGAACAAUGACAAGAAAGAUGAAACUACCUCAACUAAAAGCUUCCCCUAAGUUACCAUUGAUUUGAGCAAAGACUUAGGGGAGGAUCUAUGUUUCUUUGUUGGUACAUGUUCUUGUUCUAGUGAUUUCAUGUCGACACAAAGUAUAAUUUAGUUAUGAUAGGUAAAGCUUUUUAGGCCUUUUGUUUAUUUUAAUGUUUCAUAGUCACAGUAAUGUACCAACUAAUAAUAUUAUUCUCUAAUCUCAAAAUUUAGCAGUUCAUUUAUACAGAAGUAAAUUUUUACAAUAAAUGACUGCGAAAACUUAAAUUUUUUUCCUAACUACCACAUGCGGUGUCUGUUUAAUUAAGCUAUAUGUUCUAUUAUGCGAGUCUAAACAAAUGUUUUUUUUAUAUAUAUAUAAAAUAUAAGCUUCUUUAAAAAAUAAGUUCUAUGAAAUCUCUUUAAUGGAGUAUAAUUGUGUAACUUUUAUGAGCCUCUUAUUUAUUUUAUUUAGCCUCUUGUGAAUUCCCAAGUAAAAGCCCUUAUGUGCGAGCUCGAAUUAACCCAUUUAAUCAAAAUCAAGCUCGAAUCUGAUCUAAACAUGGCCUAGCUUGAUUAAAUUAGUUUAAUCCUAACAUGUUUGUGUCAACUAUAAAAUUAAACAUAUCUCAUAACUCCAUACCCAUAAACCUUGAUUAAACUUAAAUAUUUGAUGACACUAGAAAAAGGACAUCUAAUAAGAAAACAGAGGUGGCUGAACAGUGGGAAGCAUUACGGAACCUUUCAAAGAAAAAUUCAAUUCAUGUUAAACAAAAUUUCAAGUUCGAGACAAGAUUAGGGUUUUAGCAAAUUCUCGCUUAUUCUUUUUCAUGAACCAUCGUUUUUAUUUUGUAUAACUUUUUUUUUUUCCGAAAAAUUUAAAGAUUCAAAUUGAACUUGAUCCAAAGAAUUUGACUUUCGUCCAAUCCAAUAUUCAAUUCAAUUUAUACUUGAAGAUUCAAAUUAGAAUGUGACCUUUUAAAAAAAAAAUUCAACUCAUCUCAUUCUAUUCAAAUUGAAAGUGUGUUUGCCGAGAAAAAUCUCACAUUUACUGGGUCUAAUUCCACCAUUUUCAUAAUUUAUUUUCUCAUUCUCAAAAUUUAAUUCUCAAAACUCACCAUCAAUUCAAACAACAUCAUCAUGCCAAAGCAGUAUCAUAUCAUGCUACCAUUUCAAGAACAAUAUCCACACAGAAAACCAAUUUCUUCUGCAAGAUAUCAUGAACCCAUUUCCCAAAAAUCAUGAAACCAGUCUCAAAAAAUGUCUCUUAACAAACAAAUUAGAUAAAAAGGAAGAAGAAGAAGUUACCAGAC